GGCUUCGAUUAUCAUGGAGGCGACUACAAGGAGAUCACCGCUGCGAACUUGCACGACUGCAUCAACUACUGUGCGGCCCACUCAUCGUGUCGGGCGGCUUCUUACACGGGCAAGUCAUGCUGGCUGAAAUCCACGGUGGAAGCCGCAGUCGCCAACAGCAGGGUAACUGGCGCUGUACGACUGCAAUACGUGCCAUCACCUAUUACAUGCCCCAUGGAUGGCAGUGAUCAGCUGGAGCAAGCAGAUGGGAAAAAGUACACCGUUGAGUGCGGGACAGACCGCCCCCAUGGCGACAUCAAGUCGGUACCAACGCUCGAUUUUCCCAACUGCAUCAAGCUUUGUGACGAAACCAGCGGAUGUAUUGCGGCUAGCUGGCGAUUUGGAGACUGCUAUUUGAAAAAGUCGCUCAAGCCAGCUAUUUCCAAUUCAUGGGUUGACACUGCUGUGCUCAGCUCAUUGCUUAAUGCUCCGGCCCUGUGCCCGAGCCAAAAUGGCAAACAGAUCACGGAGGCAAGCGGCAGAAGCUUCACGGUUGCCUGCAACACCGAUCGCGCAAAGGGCGACAUGGCAAGCAAGCCAUUGGCCAACUUCAACGAUUGUAUCUCGUGGUGUGAUGAGACAAGCGGAUGCAUCGCCGCUGCUUACCGAGACGGCCAUUGCUGGCUGAAGAGAGAGUUGACGACUUCUUCCACGCGUACGAAUUGUCAGAUUGCUGUCCUGAGCAGCAAGCUGCCACAUACGUCAACGCACACAACGUCGACCACAACCAAAUCGACUUUGAAGAGCACGUCAAAGAGCUGGUCGACAAGCACCAAAAGCACCACUACCACCAUCAAGGCUUCCACUUCGACCACCAUCAAGUCUAGCUCAAGUGCUGUUUCGAGUAGCCCCUCAAGCUCAGCUGCUACUUCUAUGAGCUCGUCAGUCCCAUCGACUACCGCUACCACAGCUCCUACAACCGGUGCUUCAUCUGCUUCGUCUACUUCGACAUCUGAGAUUAUACUCUCCUCGACCUCAGCUACAACCGCUACUCCAUCAACUUCGACAUCCGAGGUUAUACUCUCCUCAGCCUCUCCUACAACCGCUGCUUCGCCUACUACUUCAACAUCUCAGAUUACACUCUCCUCAACCUCUGACUCAUCAUCCGCUUCAACUGCUGCAACGACCAAUGCUGCCAGUGGUGCGUCAACCUCAGCUAGCGUCUCUGACACCUCGGCGCAAACUGCUGCUCAGACCACUCAAUCCGCCAGUAUCUCUACGCCCCCUGGUACCCUCCAGACACCAACUGGCCCCAUCACACUUGAUGCCCAGCCUACAGCGACUCUCACGCCGCUGCCACCUCCCAACGUUAACUUGGCAGGCACAGAUGCUGUGACUCCUCAGGCGAUUUCUAAUCUCUGGUUCGGCAGCUCGUCUGCUGCGUCAAAUGCUUCAAACGCCGUCAACUCUCCUACUGUCCGUGUCAACAUUACAUUCGAAUAUCCAUCCAUUGUCCUUGACAACUCUAUCAACGUCAUCAAUAUUCAAUGUGGUUCCGGAAGCCUGUCUGCCGACUUCAACAGCACUCAGGUCUACAAUGCCGCGAAGGCCGCUUGGACGGCCGCUGAAGGCAACGCGACCAGUCUGAUUAUUAUCACGGCUGCUUCAGGCUGCAGCUCUGAUGGUAACUACAUAUAUUUUGUGGCUAGCAAUUUCGCCUUUAAUGACAAGACCCACUCUGUGAGCUGCAGCGGCUCUAUCGAGACUGUUUCCGACAUCGCACAAGAGGUCGGUAUGGAUUUUGGGUCGAUCGAGUAUUCUGCACCAGCCAGCGGCUCCAAUUCUGAUCCUGAAGCCACCUACGGCUGCACUGCGCCAGGCUCCUCUCAAGUCGAUGGCCUGCCAGCUAUUUACUGCGGCCCAGAUUUCGAUCAGCGUCUAGAUGAUAAGCUUGGUUACUACUCAGGCUCCGACGAAGAUUUCAAUGCUACGCUGGCGGCUCUCGCCCCUGGAGUCCCUGCAAACUCCCCCUCGCGUCGUGGUCUGAUUGAGCGUAGAUGCUUCCUGGGCCUCUGUCACGUUGUCCAAGCUGUCGAGCACGUCGUAUCCACAGUUUACCAUGCGGUUGCAACUGUUGUUACCAACGUUGCUCAUAACAUUGUAAACAAUGUUGAGACCGCUGCAGAGAAGCUGGCUAGUGAGGCCGAGCAGACCAUCGGCAAUCUUGCUAGCGAUGUGUUAUCCUUUGUCGAGAACCUCGCAUCCGCUGUCGUUGGCCUAGCCACCUUCCUUGUUACGGGUGACUACUCCAACUCAUUUGACUUCCCCUUGCACCUGGGACCGCCGCCUCUCUCCUUGGAUGAGUCUCCCUGGGGCGAUGGGUUCAAGUUCUACGACUGGACUCCCGACAAGGGCGAAUGGUAUGACGCUCAGGCAGAUGCCAUCGACAAGAUGAAAAGUGUGGUGCUUGGUGAUGCUGAUCCUGAGCCUGGUAUUGAGCUUUGGUGUGUUAACUGCGGAGUUCAGGGUGACCUCAAGGUUACGGGUAGCAUCUCUUACUCGCUUGCAAACGGCCUUACCAAGGGCCAGGUGUCUAUGAACGGAAAUAUUUACGCUGGUCUCUUCCUCGGCAUGAACGCCUUUGCUGAGUGGGACCCUACGGAUGAAUAUGACUUCCUCACCAUGGGGCUACCAGGCUUCGAGAUUCCCCAUAUUAUCAUCGUUGGACCCUCACUAUCCCUCGGUGUUUCUAUUGAUCUAGAUAUCUCUGCUGUCGGACAAUACCUUGUUGGUGCUGGUCUUACCUGGCCUUCGCUUUCAGCUACGCUAGACUUUGUCCACCAUGGCGGAUCAUCUCAGUCUGGAUGGACACCAAUUGUUAAUGAUACAGUCCAGGCUGAUGGUAGUCUAACUGUAAACUCUACUCUCGGUCUCCCUAUUACCCUUGGCUUUGGUAUUGAUGUCUUGGAUGGCAAAUACAAGAAGGAAAUUAAGCUUGUUGAUACUCCAGGUGUCCGAGGUAGCCUCGAGUACGAUUUCACCAAUGAGCUCACUAAUGGCUCAUUCAAUUCCGCUCCUGCGGACGGCUGCUAUGGCAUAGAAUGGAGCAUUGGCCUUGUCAAUACUGUCGUGCUUGAUCUUUCAGACAUUGACCAAGGAACCUACACUCUAGAUGAGUGGGAUGGACCGCUGUUCGCCUCAGGCUGCAUUGGAGAGUCUCUCACAAUUGCUGCUCCCACCACUACCGUUACAGCUCAGCCAGGUGGCACCACCUCCGUUGCUCCUCCGCAGACUUACCCUGAUUGCGCUACAUUCACCUGCCCUAACAAUGACUCUGGCUACUGCACUUCGAAUGGAGAAACAUUCCAGCUAAACUGUGAAGUUGACUAUGAAACACCCCAGUUGGCCAACUUGUGCGUCACUAGCUUGGGUGACUGUGUCAAUGCUUGUUCCUCUACAUAUGGCUCCAGCUGUAUUGGCGUCAGCUUCUUUUCAUGGGGUAUCCAGGAUUGCAUUGAUCAGGAAAAUAAUCCUUGGGAAGAAGACGAGUUUGACUUCGCCAACUGCUUCCCCUUUGCUGUUGCUUCUGGCGCUGUUUCUGGUGAACAGGCAAACAGCGGCUGGAGCUUGCUCAAGGCGUCGCCACCGACCAGGAAGCGAAGCCACUUCGACCUCCUUGGACGUGUGCCGACCUUGACCACAAGCACUUUUACCACAGGAACUAGCACUUCCACCGUUGGUACUAGCACUUCCACCGCUGGUACUACUAGCACUUCCACGACUCAUACUUCCACCACUGGCACCAGUAACGCUGCUACUACUACUGCGACUAGCAGCACUGACACAGCAUCUGCUGCUCUGCCAUCACCCACGGAUAGCUUCCGCAGCAUCACCAUCAACGAUGCAACCGGCCAGCUACAGAUUAACCCACAUGUAAAUGGCAGCUUGUUCAUUUCCGCAGCCAACAGCAGCGUACCGUUGACUAAUCUUACAAAUGGCAUCGGCUUCGUGGCCGACACAAGCGAGAGCGCUGUCAUGGGCGACUCCAUUGGCCGUCUUCUCUAUUACUUCCCCAACACAAUCUCCGCUGUUGGCGCAUCCCGUCUUCGUCUCGGAGCCUGGGGCAGUAUCCCCAAUGGAGCCGAAUUGGUAACGCUAUUCCCGACCAAAUCCAGCACUGGAGUUACUGUUCUUGUUGCUGUAGAUUCGAGCCUGAAUGUUUUCUAUCCCUUUGUCUGCUCUAUUGAGGGUCAGCUUAAUAAGAUAUUCCUCGUUGCCGACGCAGACACAGGCUCAUCCACUCUGAUGAACUCCGAUCUGACAUAUACCGUUAUUGGCGGUGUUGCUCAACAGUGUCUGUCGCUCGCUAUGGUGGCCCAGGGCCUGACUGGCUGGACACCGCCAAGCACAACUACCCCCCCGGGCAAGAUAUAACGGGGGAAAAAAAAAAGAGAAAAUCCAAAUCAUUAACAAUUUAUAGAGCCCUUCUGCACUAUACCCUAUAGUUAUAAGUACGGG